UCCUCCUCCUUCUCGAUCACAAAGCAGGAAAUUGAAACUGAAACGAGCGAAGCAGGAACUUAAAAUCAUUAACAAACAGUUUAACAGUUGUCGAGUUCAGCUUUUUUUAAAUCAAUUGUUAUGAGUUCGUGUGCGGACCCUCCUCUGCUCCCUGUCCGCCAGCGAACGGGGUCAGUAUCCCGGAGCAGGUCCGGCAGCGACCGGUCGGGAAGAGGCGUGGAUCGGAUGAGCGUCGGGCACAAGAAUCGUCAACCCCGGGUUGAGAAGUUUAUGUCGCUUCUCAGUCUCCGGAUAUUUUCACUCGUUCGCCUUUUCUCGCUUCUGCUCCAGCUUGGUGUGGUCGGUGCCGAAGCUGAAAGGGAAGAAGUGGUUGGUGUCCUUGGUUCAUCAGUUUUACUGGAUCCUGAAAUCACCGUUGAUUCCAGCAAGAAUGAUAUCCUUUGGACUUUCAAAGCCAGCAACAAAAGCCAUGAUGUUAUUUUGGAUCACAUCCCAGGUGAUGCCACAUUUGAACCAAGUGAACAGUUCAAGGACCGUUUGCAAUUCAACGCUUCGAGUGGUGCACUGACGAUAAGCAGAUUAAAUGCCGGUGAUCAAGGAGAUUACACCAUCACUGUCGAUGGGAAAGAGUUGAAAACAAUGGAGUUGCUUGUCAUUGAUAAAGAUAAAGAAGAGGUUGCUGUCCUUGGCUCAUCAGUUUUACUGGAUCCUGAACUCAAAGUUGAUCCCAGCAAGAGUGAAAUAGUUUGGACCUUCAUCGGCAGGAGCAUUUUGCAUCAUGUCCCAGGUCACAGCUUAGUGGAACAGAGUGACCAGUUCAAGUUUCGCCUGCGCUUUGAUAUUUCUAAUGGUGCUCUGACUGUGAAUGAAGCAGAACAUGGCGACCAAGGAGAUUACACCUUCAUUGUGGAUGGACAAGAGCUGAGAAUAAUACAACUACGCCUUGUUGAUGAGCUGUCAGAAGCUUCCAUAUUUACCAACACCGAAUCACUUGGUUUCACGGUUGAGCUCACCUGUGAUGUCUCUGGAGAUCCGAAUGUGUAUCAGUGGCAAAAGAAUGGAGGGGAAAUCUCCCAGCAUCACCAACUAACAGAUGAAAACAGAACACUUGUUAUCCCAAGCGCUUCAUCUGAAGACUGUGGAGUGUACACCUGCAUCACAACCAAUCCUGUCAGCUCCAUCCAGACAAACUACACCUUAAUGUUGCAAGGGCUUUCCCUCAAGGAUGUUAUACUGAUUGCUGUAUUGACUGCAGGACAGGCGAUUACAGGACAAUCUCUUCAUUCAGCCGUGUUACCGGACCAGUGGAGGUGGAAAACCCUCGGAGGAUGUCUGGGAUACCGAUUUUAUUUUCUAAGCCUGUGGAUCUGUAAUACUUUGUCACUUAUCGCCAUGUACAUUGUGUUCGUGUAUUGGUCUGUGGUUGGAGGCCUUUCACCGUUGGACUUUGUUGUGAUUUGUGUGUUGAUCGUAGGAUUGCAGCUUUCCUCAUUUUAUAUCAAUGAACUUCAGUAUGUGACCGAGAUCUGGGAAUUACUGGAAGAUUCUCAGAUGACCACAAUUUGGUGGAAGUUGAAAGGCGUCUGUGAUAUUGUUCUCAUCAAUUGUUUCGUCAUUGCCUGGAUCGUCAGCGCUACGACCUUAGGCCUUUCCACCAUGGGAAUCGUCACUAUCGUCUUAUCAAUCAUACUGCCACUUGUGUUCAUUUUAAUUCUGACGUGCUGGCGCAUAAAAGAGUAUUUGGACGCAGGUAUCUGUCAUUGUAUUUUCACACUUGUGUAUCAACUCCAGUCACAUCUCCAAGUAACUUUAGACUCAUUUUAAUAAAAAGAUAGAAAAGAAAAAAAUAAUCCUCAACCCCACCGAACCCUCUGGAUUCCUGUGAUCUGUGGGAUGAAAUUGUCUGACAUCUUUCCCAGUUAUGAAAUUCUGAUUUACAGUGUCACCACACUGGAAUGAUUCUGGAGUCACCUCUGAUCUGACUCCAGAGGGUCUUUAGAAAAAGUAGUCUGGAGAGGAACGUGUCUCAGCUCACUGGUGUUUGAUCAUGGUGUUGUCAAAUUUCAGCAUCAUAUCAGGUUGGUGUAAAGGAUCCCAAUGAUGGUGAGGUGAGUGAGUGAGUGUUUGGGGGCUUUUCUCAUCCUCGAUACAGUUGGGUGUGGGAAGGCCUCUCCUUCAAGCUGUUAGUCAUCUUAAUUAGAUAUUUGAUUAAAUAUUCUUGUUUCAGACUGAAACAGCUAAAAAGCACAACUACUUCCAAGGUCAGUACAGUCAACAAAGAUGUCUUAAUGCAUUUAAACUAACUAUCGCUGUUUAAAACUGACGGAAACAACUCUGAUUGUGGAUGGAAGUGCCCACGGAGUAAGUGUGGCUGUAGAUCGGGGUUACAAAGUGCGUUUAAGGAAACGGGGAUUUAAACUCCCAAUACCGACUAUCUUGCUGGCAAACAUUAAGUCUCUGGUGAACAAAAUCGAUGAUCUCAGAGCCAGGGUGCUGAAUCAGAGGGACAUUAGGACCGUGAGUGUCCUUUGUUUCAUGGAAUCCUGCUUAAUCAAACCCUGUGUGGAUGAGUGUGUGCCUACAAAGACUUACUGCACAUUCUCAAACAAAAAGCCGUGGAUGAACCAGGAGGUACGUCGUCUGCUGAAGAUCUGUGGUAUUCAAGACUGGUGAUCCAGACUUGUACCAGAAAACCAGGUAUGAUUUGCAGAGUUAUUUGAAGGGUAAAGAGAUAAUUUCUAACGAGGUUGAAAGCGACAUCGGAUGUUUGCAAGACAUUACUCCUGCAAAGUAAAACCCAAUAGCAUGAAUGGCAGCGAUGCUUCAUUACCCGAUGAUCUCAAUUCCUUCUAUGCCCGAUUUGAAAGGGAGAACACAACUACAGCUGUGAAGAUCCCUGCUGCACCUGGUGACCCUGUGAUCUCUGUCUCAGAGGCUGACGUUAGGCUGUCUUUAAAGAGAGUGAACCCUCGCAAGUUGGAAGGUCCCGAUGGAGUACCUGGUAAGUCUCUGUAAACCUGUUCCCACCCACUGGCGUGCAUUCAAGGACAUUUUCAAUCUCUCACUGCUACGGGCAGAAGUUCCCACUUGCUUCAAAAAGGCAACAAUUAUACCAGAGCCUUAGAAGAAUAACGUGAACUGCCUUAAUGACGAUCACCCGGUAGCAUUCACAUCAACAGUGAUGAAAUGCUUUGAGCAGUUGGUCAUGACGAGACUGAACUCCUGCCUCAGCAAGGACCUGGACCCAUUGGAAUUUUCCUUUUGCCACAAUAGGUCAAGGGCAGAUGCAAUCUCAAUGGCUCUCCACACGGCUUUAGACCAUCUGGACAACAGGAGCACAUAUGUAACGAUGCUGUUCAUUCUCAGAACCAGUGUGGAGGAAGUGUUGCACAUUGAGAGAUCUCCACUUUUGGAUGAGAUAUUAAGCCAGAGUCCCAUCUGCCUUCUUCGGGAAGGUGGAAAUGAUCCUUUGGUGUUACUUCUGUUACGAAGGAUGAACAACUCUAAUGGGCAGAGUGGCCCAUGCCCCCCUUUUUUGGAGAAUCGCAAAUCGCUACUAUUUCGAUGCUGCUAACAAGGAAGUAAGAGAGACAAAAGGAAAUCUGCCAGGGCAGUUGUUACUGAUAGCAGCUUAUGAAAGAGAAUGAGAGAGAGAGACACAGCUGAGAGUUACCCAGGGUGGAUCGUCUCCUAGUGACAAAAGAGGAGAUUUACUGCUAUUGUCUUUUGGAGAAGGAUUGUUUACUUGGUCCUGUUCGAUUCAUUGAAACCCCUCGGGACAACCAGAGUGGGCUGGUUUAAUGGGUUACAUCAUCCCAACCUGAUUGACAGCUGAGACCCCGUGAGUGGGGAUAAAAGUGAGGUCUGGGGUAACACCCCUCAGACGCACCAGGAGAAAUGCUAGUGAGCAGCAGAAACCCACGAGACAGUGUGGGACAUCGGAGACUGAACGAAGGGUCGGUAAAUUUUAACUCUCAGUGUUUAUAGCGAGACUGGUGGGGGUGUAUGUGUGUCCACCCUUGCCUGGGUGACGAGUCCACCACUGAAGAACGGUCUAGCUAAAGGACGGAGGGGUCACACUUGAAUGGCCACAACAACACAUCGACGGAUCAAAAUCAUAAAGGAAGGUUGGCAAAGACCAUAGCUGUUACUGUUUGCGUGCUCUCUUGCUCUAGUCUCUCUCUCUCCAACAAUUGCAACACAGCGACCAACAACUACCGCAGCCUGCAUGAACAGAACUGAACUUUAUAUUUCCAUCUGACAAUUCAUUAUCCCCUAGGCAACGAUAGAGCUUGUUUUAUUAUUGAUUAUUAUUAUACCCGCACUUUUAGGUUUAGUAUUGCUAACAUGUAUUAUCUGUAUAUUUGCAUUGAUAUUGAUUUGUAUAUUUUUACUAAUAAACGCUGUUGAAAAUAGUACCACCAGACUCCAACGGACACUUCUAUCUUUGCUGGUAAGACACCCAGUUACGGGGUUCGUAACAUUCCCAAAUGAACAAAGGAUUUCUCCCCAGUAUUGGAAAAAUAAUUCUGUUAACCAACAUAACAAAGCCAUCUUUUAUGUAACUGUUUGUUUCUUCCCCCAAGCUAUCAGACUCCUCAAUACCCGAAGCCUGGACUGACACCUUGCCCUACUGUCCUGUUUAUUAUUUAUUGUAAUGCCGGUACUGUUUUUGUGCACUUUAUGCAGUCCAGUGUAGGUCUGUAGUCUAGUGUAGCUUUCCCUGUGUUUUUUUUAUUACGUAGUUCAGUCUAGUUUGUUGUACUGUGUCAUGUAAACCAUGGUCCUGAAAAACGUUGUCUCAUUUUUACAAUGCACUGUACCAGCAGUUAUGGUCGAAAUGACAAUAAAAGUUGACUUGACUUGACAAAGGCAGCUUUGACAUGACUGUUUGUUCAGCCUUACUCAGUACAAACUGAGUCUCAUUCCCUCCAACAGUGACUGCACUUAAAGUACUUCACUGUCUGGACCAGAGACUGGUAAAAGAUGCUGUGAGAUUACAGGUUCUGUUUCUCACGUGGAGAAGUUCACUCUGCCCCUGCUCACAGGAGUUGGCUGAAUUUUUCAGUUCCUGUGUGACGUCAUUGAAACGAUAUGAAGAAUGUAAAGAGCUGUCAGACACACUCCUGUUCCUGGCACGAUGCAACAUCAGACCCUGAUAUCUGAAAUAAAGUCGCUGGUGACAAUAAGUCUGAUGUGCAGGUGUCAGUCAGCUGUCUGGGCAUCAACCUGCCCUUCACAAGGAGACUUUCUCUCCUCGAAUGUGCCCCUGACCAGAUUGUGGAUAUCAGCCUGAGCUCCCCUGGAUAAAUGAGUGGGAGAACUUUUGUGACAAAAUGUGGAAUCAAGCCAGAGGUUGAGAGUUUCAGUGACUUUCCAGUGAAAUUGUGGGGUAACUCCAUAACCAAUUGUUGUGGAAGUUGGGAAAAUCAAACCCUGGAUCAUGUGGGUCAGUGUAGUGCACUCCCAGAGGAGUGGCCAUUGCAACACCAGGAGGAGCAGCUGGUGCAGAAUAUUGGCAGGAGGUGACCUGGAAAGAUUGGACUGGAGACCUCUGAGGACAACUGAUCAGGGUCAUGAAUUGUCUGUUCCAGGUUUCCCACCGUACAGGACAUGCAGUCGAUAAGACUGGGCAGAGGUUGGCACAUGCCCGUCCCCGCAGGGUGAAAGUGGAACAGUUUGGUUGUUUCCAACAUUGUGCAGCUGUUGUGGUCAUUUCUCUGGUGAAUUGUUACAUGUUUUCUUAUUUGAAUUUAUUUUCACUUGCAGGUGAUUCCAUCAAGGAUGCCUUGUGGGAUGUUGGCCUGAUGUUGCCAUUGGUGAAUGUUAUGAUUCUGGUUUACUUGAUCUACAAGAAGAAGUUUUAUGGUGGGACAUUCUUCCAAACUUUCUUUAACCUGGUAUUCUUACUUGGCAUUUCUGUCAGCAAUUUGAUUCCAGGU